CCAAAAACUCUAUUCUCUUACCCGUUUCAACUCGUUUUUCAAAUAACUAUGAGAAUUCCGCCUCCCUUCUUGAUUCCCUCAAAUACAUUGACACUCAGGAGAAGAAGAAGAAGAAGAAAAAUACCCCUUCAAACCAUAAUUCUUCUGAUCGUUCUUUUUCAUCUUCUUCAUCGGAUCCUAAAUGUCACGCUGAAAAAAGUUACAACAUUACUCUGCUAAGCUUCCUGGUGAUAGAAUUGGUCCUGAAGUUGUCUCUGUUGCUAAACAAGUUCUUAACUUAACAGUUUCUCUUCAAGGAUCUUAGUUCCUAGCUGACUCGUUCUAUCAAGGAUGCUUACGUUUCAAUUGUUCUUUAAACGGAUUGGAGAAACCAAUAUUCAUUUCCGGUGGUCAUCGUUGAUAAGCAGUUCACCUUGACUUGUUCCCUUGAAGCAAAAUUAUUUUUUUUGAUCUAGUUGUUCUAGUAUACGCUUUUGCUGGAUAGGGAGUCUAACUAAGCAAGUAUUUGUAUAUUCAUGGGAGGAUGUUAGAUCCCAUGAUUCCAGUGUUUUCGGUUUGAGUCAAUGGUACUGUUUUUGUGUAAAUAUCUGGUUAUUAUGUGCUAAAACGGUUCUAACAGUUAACUUCGGUAUGUUCAUAGGCGGAAGACAAGAUUACAUAUUGCACAGUUGGUGAAAAGAUACGUCAGUUGAACUCAGAGAAGCCAGAGACACAGAUCUGUGUACUGAAAUUAGUAAAUAUGCAAUACUCAAAAGCCACUGAAGGGACAAAGAAAUGAUGCUAAAUCGGUACAGCCUUAAUAGUAGUACACAACACUUUAGAAGUUUGAAAGAAUGGCCACCGAGCCCAUCAGUCAUGCACCACUGUCCCUCGAGUGUUUUAAGGCUCUCAAAGAUCAUUCAGAGAAUAGUUCUUAUUUGUUGGCAAACACAAUUCUCAAUUUCUAUGACAAAGAUGGUGUAUUCAAGAUAAACGACGAGGUUAGCAUUUUUUACGGGCUUCAAGAUCAUUUUUUCAUCACUGGUUUGCCAAUUAGUGGCAAACCAGUAUUUGCCCCUCCAGCGGAGAAUGUGGAUGAACUUUUUGCUAGAUUAUUUGGCGAUGCUUUUCCAGAAGACACACGAGUUGAAAUACUGAAUGACGGCUUAGUCACGAAAGACAACAGAGGUCCAAGCCGGAAAAGAGGAGUUAAAGUUUGUUGGUUGGUGAAACAUUUUAAAAAUAAAGGGAAUAAGAUAGGUGAUGAAUUUUGGAAGGAGCAUGUGAGAGCAUACAUGCUUUUCCUUAUCUACCAUUAUAUGAUCCCCGAAAUAGAAGUAGGUGUCGUCUCACAUAAAUAUUUGCCGUUACUUGAAGAUGUGUCGACCAUCCAAGAUUAUGCAUGGGGUGCUGCUUCGUAUGUUAAUACAAUUCGCAAACUCGGGCGGAUAGAGCCUGAAACAAAAACAUUUCAGGGCCUGUUAUACCCACUUGAGCUUUUCUUUUUGGGGCGGAUUCCCAGACUUCUUGCCGCUGUUUCUAAGUGGCCUUCUAAUUCGUUGGAUGUUGAGGGAACCAAACCUUUUGAAAUUUCAAAGACAUUCCCUCUUAUGUUAGAUUGGAUGCGUCUCACGGGUACAAAGCUUAAUACCCCUGGUCUACUUUCAAAAUUUCUAAAGAUACUGAGUAGAGUAGAGCUGAAUGAUGUGAGAUGGAAACCGUAUGAAUCUCUCACGGUUCCAAUAAACUAUGGCAAAAAUUAUCAAAUAACGGAAGCUCGCAGAAUACCGUUGAUCUGCUUCCACUUAAUGUGCUACCACCGGCCGGAUUUAUCUGAUCGGCAAUUCAGAUCGGUAGCUUUUAGUGAUUUGGGUAAUCUAAUUGUCUUGAAACCUGUUAGUGAUCGCAAAGCUUUGGAUAAAAAUUUACUAAAAGAACCAAAAAAGAACGCUGCCAGUUAUAAAGUGGUGUUGGACCUGUGGAAUCAAUUGCCGCAACCCGAAGAUCAACCUUCUACGCCGCCAUCGGAAGAUCAACCUUCUACGCCGCCAUUGGAAGAUCAACCUUCUACGUCGCUAUCGGAAGAUUGACCUUUGUUUUCUCAAUUUGUUGGUCAAUCUGAGUCACUGCUAUCCAUUGGUAGGCCAGUGGAUGAGCAAGUGGGGCAAGCCAAAGAUUCAAAUGAAGGUAGAGACGUUGAUAUGGAACCCGUUAAUGAGCAAGUGGUGCCAGCCAAAGAUGCAAAUGAAGGUAGAGAUGUUGAUAUGUAACCCGUUAAUGAGCAAGUGGUGCAAGCCAAAGAUGCAAAUGAAGGUAGAGACAUUGAUAUGGAACCCGAUGAUGAGCAAGUGGUGCAAGCCAAAGAUGCAGAUGAAAGUGGAGACGUUAAUAUGGGACCGAUUGGUCAGCCAGUGGCGCAAGCUGGAGAUGCAGAUCAGAAUACUGGGGAUGAAAUUGUACAGGUUCAGUUUCCGAGAUCUCCCAUGGGCGAAGGAGGAUCUUAUAUAGUCCCUGGCAAAGAAUUACGCCCAUCCCUCGAUUGGACACCAGAGCUAGGUCGGACUGUGCCCAUCCCGAAGGUAGGCGAGACUUCUGAACCCUGUGUUUGCUUGAUACAACCUAAGAGUCCAGGUAAAAUCAGAAACAACAACGUUGGUACAGGAGAGCCAUCUCCGUCGACGUUUUGUUCUGCUAGCUCGUUUUCUCCAGGAUUAUCAUUGGAUUCUUCUGGUAGAGAAAUUCUGAUUAAGCCUUCAGCUGAUUUGCUGAGCAGACAGAAGACUGGCACGGCAAACAUGAACAAUGGUAAUGUCGAUAAAUCCACUCUAUCCUCUAGUAUUUCAAGUAUCCAUGGUGAUACGUGUGAAUCAGUUUCAGCAAGAAAAACUCGGCCUCCGAGAGAUAAGUAUAAUUCUUGCAGGUCCUCGAAGAAAAUGAGAAAAACUGAGACCGACUCAACACUCUCUGACAUGAUAGAGUCGUCCAUUAUGAAUUUGGAAGUACUUGUUAACAGGGUUAAACGGCUCAAAGGAGCAUUAGAGUAUGGGGCUGAGUUUUCCACUACAAUGAAGCCUUCAUGGAAGUUUCCUGGAACCCACGCAUCACUUGGAGACUGAUAGGCUGCUUCAGACCUGUAAGUUACGGAGAUUCUAUUGGUGAUUGUUCGUAGUGUUUUGUGUGUUAACUCCAGCAACCUACUUACAAUUUAGUCACCGGUGGUAUAUCUUAAGAUUAAUAUGAUCGACUUGUAUGAGGUGUAUUAGCCUAUAGGAAAAACAUACCCUCUUUAUCUCUAUCAACAGUGACUAGAUAGUUAUAGUGCUCCUGUUUUUUGUAUGCAUCUAACUAGCGGGAAGUCAGCAUCAGAUGGACGAAGUUUUUGGCGACACAGUUGAAGUUGCAGUUUACAGUUUGUUGUAUCAAAGCACCUGAUGAUACUGAGAAGUCCAUGACUCUCUUUCAACAUGUAUGAGCUGAUCUGUACUUUCGUAAUACCGAAAUUGUAACUCUUUUGAGUCCUUGUAUUUUGUUUGUUGAUCAUGUGGCAAAAUGGUAAACGUUGUCACCAAGUCCGUUAUCACAUUUUUUCUUAACAUUGUACAAGGACAAAAGCUUUUCCUAUAUUUUUAAUGAUAUCCGAUAUGUCGUA